AUGAGCAGACGAAGAAAGAACCCACACCCUCAGCGCGCGGUGAACGCGAGGACGGUUUUGAAGGCAGAGAAAGAAGAGGAACCUUUGGUGUUGCGUUCGAGGAUGAUGAUUCCUGAUGAUGCCGAGGACGAGGACGACGAGGAGGCAAAUCGUCAGAGACGACGAAAAGGUAAAAAAGGGGAGAAAAAUUCAAAAUCAGCAGAGAGAAGUGUAGCGCGAGGAGAGAGGGAAAACAGAGUAAAGACGAUGAUACCGCCGAACGCGAACCAAAAACCAGAUGAACCUGUGCCACGAAAACCAGCGCUCGAUGCGACGACGACGACGAUUUCACCUCCUGCUUUGAUGCAACAAAAAGUGUCACCCAAAGGAGGAAUGCAACUCCCCCCGAUACCGCCGCUCCCGGAACACCUCAAAAACGCGGACACGGAAACAAAGUUACUCUAUUUCCGGGAGGCAAAACGCGUCUUAAUUGAAAAGUGCCGAGAGAAUCGGUGCGGGAACGACGAGGUGACCAGGGAGACGCAUGGUUUAGGAGAAUUCACAUCGGGUUGGAAAAGGCCUGGAUUACGCGAGUGCACGGCGCAGGAAUUCGCGUACGAUUUCUUCAAGUUUCACGAGCAACGAGGCGAGUUUGAUUACGAAAACGUGUGGGAGUACGUCCUCAUCUUUCUUCUUUGCCCGCGCGUCGUCUCGGCGUCGUCGGCGUCGCCGAUGACGCCGCUUGGCGGCAUCCAGUUGUCGUCGUCUCGGCGUCGUUUUACUGUUUUCUAUGAUUUAAAACUGACCAAAAGCGCGUUCUCUCGCGUUCUUCUUUCUCUCUCUCUUUCGCUUAACAGUAAACUGGACCGACUCAUCUCGCGCUCCGGGAAACCGUUCGAUUUGUUAACCUUUUACGGCGAAGUCUGUCGAAGAGGUGGUUUUGGUCGAAACAGGGUCGAGGCAAAGUGCAGAUUUUCAAUCUCUAAGAUCUUUAAAGUCAUGUUUAACUACUUCGAUCAGCACUCGUACACGGACAUCGGGAAUAAGCUGUUUGACGUGUACGAGCUCUUUUUUUUACCGUACGAAAGAGCGCACUCACAGGAAGACGUGGCGGAGAAGUGGGAAAACAGAGAAGGCGUGCCGAGAGUGCAAGAUAUUGCGAGUCAGUUUUACUAUUUGAGAGAACGGAAGGAGGUGGAGAAGGCGCAAAUCGCGAUGCAUUUGAGACGCGGGAAGAAGUACGAUCCGAAUUUCGUGCCGAUGUUUAGAAUGAGCGUCCAUCGAAGUUUGUUGUUGGAGGGGGUAGAACAAGAGAAAAACGCAACAAAUUGA